UCCGCCCGGUCCCUCCCAGCCUUUUAGGCGCCCGCGCGGCUGGGACAUCCCAGUCCCGCUUGGCCCUCCUCGCCCGCCACCCGUGCGCCCAGUCCGCUCAGCCAGCCCAUUUGGUCCUGUCCGCACUGCCCGCCGGCCGGCCCGCCCCCCACCGCAGCCAUGGACGCGAUCAAGAAGAAGAUGCAGAUGCUAAAGCUGGACAAGGAGAAUGCCAUCGACCGUGCGGAGCAGGCCGAGGCCGACAAGAAGCAGGCUGAGGACCGUUGCAAACAGCUGGAGGAGGAGCAGCAGGCCCUCCAGAAGAAGCUGAAGGGGACAGAGGAUGAGGUGGAAAAGUAUUCUGAGUCAGUGAAGGAUGCCCAGGAGAAACUGGAGCAGGCUGAGAAGAAGGCCACCGACGCCGAGGCUGAUGUGGCCUCCCUGAACCGCCGCAUUCAGCUGGUAGAGGAGGAGCUGGACCGGGCGCAGGAGCGCCUGGCUACAGCCCUACAAAAGCUGGAGGAGGCUGAGAAGGCGGCGGACGAGAGUGAGAGAGGGAUGAAGGUCAUUGAAAACCGAGCCAUGAAGGAUGAGGAGAAGAUGGAGCUGCAGGAGAUGCAGCUGAAGGAGGCCAAGCACAUCGCUGAGGAUUCAGACCGCAAAUAUGAGGAGGUGGCCAGGAAGCUGGUGAUCCUGGAAGGAGAGCUGGAACGCUCAGAAGAGAGAGCAGAGGUGGCUGAGAGUAAAUGUGGGGACCUAGAGGAGGAGCUGAAAAUUGUUACCAACAACUUGAAAUCCCUGGAAGCCCAAGCGGACAAGUAUUCCACCAAAGAAGAUAAAUAUGAAGAGGAGAUCAAACUGCUGGAGGAGAAGCUAAAAGAGGCUGAGACCCGAGCAGAAUUUGCCGAGAGGUCUGUGGCAAAGUUGGAGAAGACCAUUGAUGACCUGGAAGACGAAGUCUAUGCACAGAAGAUGAAGUACAAGGCCAUCAGCGAGGAACUGGACAACGCACUCAACGACAUCACCUCCCUCUGAGCCCCACGCCAGUGUGGCGCCCUCAGCCCCUUCUCUCCUCUUUCCAUUCUCUCUGGGGAGGGGGCAGGCAGGAGGAGCAAAAUGGUCAGCGUCGCACAGCCAGGCCGGGCACAGCCUUGGAGAGCCCCACCACCACACCUGCUGCCCACCUUGGCACUUGCUUCAUCCUUCUAUCCACCCACUCCACCCUCCAGCCUCUACCUCUUUCUGCUGCUUAAUAAACUCAACUUGGUCUCCA